CGAAAUUCUGUACUACUAACUGCUACAAGUUAUAUCACCAUGAUCUCGCUACCAGAACAGAUUACCAGCUGAACUUCUCAUUAUAAUGAAUGCUGCACCACCAAGCUCCAUCCAUCCAGCUGAACACAUACUACCAACAGCAUCAUCAAAAUGUCCACCCACCCCUCUCUCCCAAACGUCCACCACCCUAGCCCUAACUACUCAAUACCCACCCCGUCCAUAUCGCGGAAUUCAAAACUGCAAACGAGCCGUCCUAUCCCUCUACGACCACAUCUACCCUCACCCAGACAACACCACGAGCCAAUACCUCUCCUACAACAAUAUCACCCCAGCCUCGUUCCACUCCCUCCGCCGAUUCCGCCACCACCUAGAAAUACACGUCCGAUUCACCUACUUCCCGGAUAUCUCCACCGUCCUCAUCAAAGUCCAAACACCCAUGACAAGAAGACUCUGACUGAUUCUCAAUUAAGAUACUAAUGUCAGUCUGAACAUCAUGGGAGUCGAUCUUGAUGAGCGCGAGGAACCGUUUGAUCCUGUCAUAUACACGU